AUGUCUCACAAAAUUCUCCCUUACUCUUACAAGAACCGCUAUUCCCGGCAAACACCUUUCCUUAUCACGCCAUGUCGCUCUUUCGCGCUCACGAAGUUCAUAGCAGCGCUCGCCGCGCUGCUCGCCCCGUCAACCACCGCGCUGAAACUCGGCGGGUAUGUCCCGCCGCCGGACCCUACGACCUCUCGCGGCCCCUGCCCAGGCUUCAACACGAUGGCGUACCACGGCGUCUUCCCGCGCGACGGCUCCGCCAUACCGCGCGACCGCAUUGUCGCCGCCUUUAGCAAGUUCUACUCCUUCUCCCCGGCCAUGUCGAACGCCAUUCUCGAUUCCGCCUUCGCGAAAGGCGUGGGGAACCCCGCGGCGCAGACGAUCGACCUCGUGCAGCUCCGCGCGCACAACAAGAUCGAGCACGACGUGUCGCUCGUCCGCGACGACUCCUUCCUCGGUAACAACUACCUCGUUAACGUAACGCUUUUCAACGAAAUGCUCAGCUUCUCCGCGACGAAGAAAUUCAUCACUCUCGGCGAGAUUGGCCGAUUCCGCAAGCACCGCUUUGAGUCUUGCAAGAAGAACGAUCCCGAGCUCAGUUUCGACACGAAUCGCCAAGAUGUGGCGCUCUCCGAAGCGGCGGCGCUGGCAGGGGUGUUCGGCGGAAGGGUCCGCGCUUACGCGGUUCCGAUUAACUACCUCAAGUCGUUUCUCCGUGAUGAACGCUAUCCCAACGGCUUCAAGCCGCCGGUUGUUCCGCUGAGCUUCCCUGAGCUGCUUGCCAUAGGGGAAACGGAUCAGAGAGGGCAGCAGCUGCGUGAGCUGGGCGCUCAGGCGCAGGGGCCCUUGGACGACCAACUGCCACGAGGCAAGGGCAGGAGGCGACGCGGAGGCCAGGGCAAGCAGCGGUCGGGCAAUCAGCAGGAUCAGCAGGCAGAGGGCGAGUUGGGGCGGCCGCUUACGAGCCAACGUCCGGGAGGCCAGCUGGUGCGACGGCGGCCACUGUCAGGGGAACAGGGAGUGACUGCAGCACCUGAGGGCGUGCAGCAGGCAGGGGGACAGCAGGGAGUGACUGCAGCACCCCAGGGCGUGCAGCAGGCAGGGGGACGACAGGGAGUGACUGCAGCACCUGAGGGCGUGCAGCAGGCAGGGGGACAGCAGGGAGUGAUUGCAGCACCUCAAGGCGUGCAGCAGGCAGCGGGACAGCAGGGAGUGACUGCAGCACCCCAGGGCGUGCAGCAGGCAGCGGGACAGCAGGGGGUGACUGCAGCACCUCAGGGCGUGCAGCACGCAGGGGGGCAGCUGGGGGCGAGGGCAGCACUUCAGGGCGUGCGGCAGCGGCAGCAGCAGCGGCAGCAGCGUCAGCAGCAGCAGCAGCAGCAGCCCCCCCCGAUCCCUCCGGAAAGCCCCACACCGGGGGUUGCGGAGAAUUCAGCCACUCCUGACACGGCUCCACUUGCUCCAACUUGUGUCCCUUGCGAGUUCUGCUUUCACACAUUUCCGCCUGGUGGUGCGGCCUCCCGCCACAUAGUUGCAUGUAAAGCGGCAGAUGCUCAGCGGCGGGCUCAGGCCCUUACUUCCUCCCCGAACCUGAGCGAGGUCUUCGGGGCAGAUCCACUACCUCCGCGGGAUAUCGGCGAGGAGGUGUGGGGGGCGGUGCCUUCGUGGGACUGGGAGACUUUUUUCAGUAUUCAUUCUGUGUCGGGAGAGCUUCUUCGUCGGGUCCCGCAGCGGGCGCGACUGGGGGUGCUUGAUGCAUUGUGCUGCAUUCUCAAGAGACUGAAGGCUUCCCCUGGGGAUGAGGCAGCGACGCUGAUGUUCCUGGCCUUCCCGCGCCUCAUUUUGGGAGUUCCCGCGAAGGAGGGUCUUGGACGAAGGGCAGCCAUAGUAGGGCGUCUCGGAAAGUUCUGGGCAGGGGAAUGGCAACAGCUGUUCGAGGCUGCCUCUGCCGCGUUGACUCCGGCGGCGCGACCUCUUGCCUUCUCCUUACCUGAGCGAGAUGCUGAUGCCAUCCGUUUGGCCCGAUGUCGCACGAGGUGCCAAGUGGGGGAAUGGAGUCGAGGACUAGCAUGCCUUACUGCGGGCGACUUGGCGCAGCCCUCUCAACUAACAGUAGACCGGCUGACAGCAAAGCACCCGGCCAGUGAGGUGCCAGUUCCUGAGUGGGUGGAGCACUUUCGCAUAGACGCAGUGGAUUUCGGGAUGCGUUUCUGA